GGGUCUUCCAGUGCCGAUGACCCUUUCAGGUCCGCAUCUAUAAUAAUUGCUCAGCCGCAACAACAGGCCCACCGGUACCAGUACCGAUGGAAAACACCGGCAGCCAGCAACAGUGGCAGACUUCCAAAAACUUGCUCAGGUCCAAAGAACUUCUCUCCUAAAACUUAUUGCUCAGCUCCGCCAACCCAAUUGUGGUUCCUUAUUGAAGAGCUUGUCUCUUUCGGCCGGUGGUCAGCUUGAAGCCUAGCUAGCGUCUUCAUAAUCCGCACUAUCAAUUGAGUAUUAGGAACAAAGCCCCACUCAACCUCCUGAUCACAACAAGAAUGUCCAGUGCAAGUAGUAUUCCCGAAGAAAUCAAUGAGUUCUUCACCAAGGCAACGCCCUUGUGGAAAGUGAGUGGAGACGAUUAUGAUGGAGGUCCAAAAGGUUUUCUUGAUUCCUUACGCAAAUACCACAAAGACCAUCCCGAAGUGGAUUACUUUGCACUAUUGGAAUCCACCCUACCGGAAGUUCCGGAAUCCCUCAAUCGGUUUGGUAAGGGUCACUUUGACUUUACCGACGUGAAUAUGGAUGAAACUAUGAAGGUUUACGCGAAGGCCUUGAAGUUUCUAACAUCAUCUCAGGAAGAGUUAUCCACUCGAGUUGUGGAUCUUCUUGUCAACCGCAAACUCAUUUCAGAUGUCACCCCUCUUCGUGGGAAAGACCCAGAAUCCAUAAUGGCACACUUUUCUUCCAUUCUUCAAGAGGACCCGCCAGAGCAACAAGCCUAUCGAUACAUUCAAAACAAACAUUUUCUGGCUAUUGUGGCCCUUUACAUCUUGGCAUUGACCUUUCCCGACGAAAAAUCUUUGCCAAAGGUCGUCCAGGGCAUAUUUGAACGGCUCAAGAAAUCCAGCGACCCGCAGAGCUUGGACAAUGAAAACUAUGGUGGAGAAUGCGACGACUUUUUUGAAGACAUGUCAUGCUUUAACCGGCUUCACGGCAACUUGUGCGAUCUGACAGCUCUUGCCCAAAGUAGCUACAAAAAACAAGGUUCUGAUUCUUCCAGUUCCGGUAGCCCAGUGGAGCAACUUGUGGACUGGACCAUUCGAGUGGCGGACAACUCCUAUUAUGAAAAUCGAAACAAUUUGGUCUACGAUCUUUAUGACACUACCUACGACCAUGUUGCAGAGCUGGAUCCCGUCUUGACGGUUCGAAAGGCUCAUGAUUGGAUGCAACGAGCCUUUCCACAAGAAGGUGAGGGUUGGAGUCACAGAACCGCUGCAAUGGCCUACUUGCUGGGACAGGGCGUGAAGGAACUGAGCGAACAAGAUGUGACGGAACUGACUCCGACGAUCCAAGCGGCCAUGGAUUACUUUGUGGACAAGGAAACCAAUGCUGUUAAAGAAAACAGCUGCGAAUGUCAAGACGAGAGUGAAUUCAGGGAAGCUCAUCGUAUCAUUGCCACGAAAUUAGGACUGCCAGGUGGUGACAAAAAGAGAAAGGCGGAGGAUUCAAAUCCAUAGGCAACAAUCUAACUUGUCCACCAAUUCUUUCAUCACACGAUAUCCAGUCAUCACGCACACUUACUUUCUUACAUCCUCAUCCAUUGUUCCUGCACUGGCAUAACAGAACCUCCCAGCGAGCAGAUUCGCUUCAGUCAAUGAGAUUCGAAGAAGAUUAGUCCCAACAGCUGUAGAAGAGAAGUAGAUACUAGUAAAG